GAUUCAGUUGCUAGCCGAACGUCUAGCGUGAAUGACGUGUGGGAGGGGCUUGCGCAUCGAUACAGUGCAUAAUGAGUGCCAUGCGCUGCGCUCUGAACAAAACAAAGAGAACCGCCCGCAUCGUGAUCAUUGGCGCCGGCACGGCGGGCAUUGCGGCGGCCACACGACUACUGGAGCAGGGCUUUAGGAACAUAGUGCUGCUGGAGGCGGAGAAUCGCAUUGGCGGACGCGUCAACACAAUUCCGUUUGCGGAUAAUGUGGUGGAUCUGGGCGCCCAGUGGUGCCACGGCAAGGUGGGCAAUGGCGUCUAUGAGCGAGUCAAGGACCUCGAUUUGCUGGAGGACACUGAGGACCAUUAUGAAACCUACAAGUGCGUGCGCUCCAACAAGCAGACACUGCCCGACGAUAUUGCGGAUAGCUUAAAAAGUAUUGCAUUCAAUUCGAUUCCGGAACGACAAACGGAACUCGUCGACUUCAGAGGCUCGCUGGGCGACUAUAUCACACAGAAAUACUGGAAUGAGGUGGCCAAGCUGCCGCCAAUCGAUCGCGCCAUAGCCGAGGAAUUCCUCGAGAACUUUCACAAGUUCGAGAGCUCCGUGGAGGCUGCAGAUCAUUUGUACGAAGUCUCCGGCCGUGGGCACUUGGAGUACUGGCUCUGCGAGGGUGAGCUGCUGCUCAACUGGCGCGACAAGGGCUUCAAGAGCUUCUUAAGACUGCUGAUGAAUGCAAGGAACGAUGAGGCCGAUGAUCUUGGAAUGCUCAAAGGCCGAGUGCUGUUCAAUAGGCGCAUAUCACAGAUAAACUGGGAGGGGGAUGGCGAUCUAAUCAUACGCUGCUGGAACGGAGAAGUGAUUACAGCGGAUCAUGUCAUCUGCACGGUGUCCUUGGGAGUACUGAAGGAGCAGCAUGCCAGCAUGUUUAUCCCCGCCUUGCCCGAGGCCAAGGUGCGAGCUAUCAAUGGACUCAAGCUGGGCACCGUCGACAAGUUCUUCUUGGAGUUUGCUGUGCCUCCUCUGCCCGCAGAUUGGCCAGGAUUCAGUUGCCUUUGGCUGGAGGAGGAUCUGGAGGAGCUGCGUGCUAGCGAACGCUUCUGGCUGGAGAGCGUAUUUGGAUUCUAUCCCGUGUCAUAUCAGCCCCGCAUCUUACAGGGCUGGAUCAUCGGCGCACAUGCCCGCCACAUGGAGACGCUCACCGAGGAGCAAGUGCUUGAGGGCUUGCUGUGGCUCUUCCGCAAGUUUCUGCCCUUCGAUUUGCCACAGCCACUGCGCUGCCUGCGCACCCAAUGGCACGCGAAUCCCAACUUCCGAGGCAGCUACACCUUUCGCACCACCUACGCGGACGAGCUGCGCACCGGCGCCUGGGAUCUGGAGGCGCCGCUGCUCGACGUGGGUGGCCGACCUAGGCUGCAGUUCGCCGGUGAGGCCACACACAAGCAUUACUACUCCACGGUCCAUGGCGCCGCAGAGACGGGCUGGCGCGAGGCGGAACGCCUGAACACCUACUAUCGCUCCCGAACACACCGGCUAUGAGGGCCAGAUAACGGACUGUGUGCACAAGCCAAUAAAAGUGCUUA